AGUUUGAUGUAAUUAUCUUUCGCUCGUAUAAAACUUCUGUUCGUACAUUCACAGAAUUUAGUUGAAUAUCGAAUUCCUUGUUUUUCACAAGUUUUGUACCAAAAUCUCCAUCAUGAAGCUCAUUAUUUUGACAUUUUGUAUGCUGUUAGUCGCAGUUCAAAAUGUGUGCGGAGAUGAAGAAUCCAUGAAAAGUUUUAAGGAGUGUUUGGACGAAAAUGACAUUAAAGGCGAUAUUGAAAAAUUGAAGGAGAAUGAUGAUCCGAAACUUCGUUGCAUUAUGGCGUGUGUAAUGGAAAAAGAGGGAAUAUUGAAAAACGGAAAUGUUCAGCUGGAUAAAUUGAAACAGGACCUUUUAAAAGAUGCUGAGAGGCUGGGCGAAAAGAAAAUAUCCGAAAUAGUGAACACCUGUGGAGAUUUAGCAAAAGAAUUAACGGACGUAUGUGACCAAGCAAAUGUUGUAGGCAUGUGUAUAAAAGAGGAAUUCGCUAAGUAUGAUAUUAAUUUCGAGAAAUAAAAGCUUCUUGUAUAAAAAUUAAUAAUAUUUGUUACAAUUAAUCAUAUAAACGCGUAAAUAUAUACAUAUAAAAUUUG